AUGAAACUUAGAAUUAACAACUGCAUGUUAGUUAUUUCACUUAUGGCUUUACUUUCUACCUUUAUUGCUGGUAAAAUGUUUGGGCCAGAUUGCAGAGUAAGACACGUGACAAUGAGAUACUGCUUGAUGGAUGAUGACUGUGAAUACAAAGAUGAGUAAUGUGUAAAUAUUGCGUACGAUGGAAGAAGAUUUUGCACUUUGAAACCUGAAAUAUAUCAAUAAUUCGGAUAUGUUUGUGGAGAACAAGUAACCUCUCAAAUUCUCUGUACAGAAGUACCUUGUGGAAGAGGUAAUACUUGCUAUAUGGGACAUUGCCAUCCACCAGUACAACUAUACACUUUCUUAAACUGA